AUGGCCCCCCGCCACCGAAAGCUACUGAACGCAUCCGCCGAUGACCCGUUCCUCACCAACUUUUGCCAGAACGACUGCAACGCCGAUGGAAACCCGGAUGGACUCUGUUCAAUCAAGUGCGUAGAUUAUUGCCCCUCCGUCUGCAAAACCAUAUUCUUCGACAUCCCGCCGCCUCCUCCUCCCUCCGUCAUCCAAGGCGGCCCGCCGGGAAAAUCCCACCGCCUCUCCCUCCUCCUCACCGCCUCCCUCGCCGCCCUCGCCGCCGCCUUCUUCCUCUUCACCUGCUACACGAUCUACCGGCUCUACUCCAACUGGCGCACUUCCCGCCGCCGCCGCCAGCAGGAGGGCGACGCCGGGCCGAUCGAUCUCCUCGACCUCGGGCCCGCCGUCGAUCACCCCAUAUGGUACAUCCGGACUGUCGGGCUCCAGCCGUCAGUAAUCGGCGCAAUUACUGUCGUCAGAUUCAAAAAGGGCGAAGGCUUAAUCGACGGCUCGGAUUGCUCCGUGUGCCUGAACGAGUUUGAGGAGGAUGAGACUGUGAGGCUUCUUCCCAAGUGCAAUCACGCGUUCCACGUGCCGUGUAUUGAUACCUGGCUUAGGUCCCACACCAAUUGCCCCCUGUGCCGGGCCGGAAUCCUGAGCAAUCCGGCUGUUCUACCCUCACAGACCCAAAAUUCUCAGAUUCCCGGCCCGGGACCAGUGGAGGAAGCUCAGGGAUUAUCAGGGAGGAUUAGCAGGAGAGUAGUUGCAAUGGUGGAAUUAGAAAGUGAGUCUUCGGAGUCGAGGAUUGGGAUUGUGAGUCGAGAUGAGACUCUAUCAAGGUCUCAAAACUGGCCCAAAGCUAAUGAAGAAGGGUUAUUAGAUGGGAUUCAGCUUAUGAGAAGAUCAAUCUCUGUGGAUUCCUUAUCUGUCAUGGCCAAUACUUUUCCGGAUAGAAAUCUAGAUAGUCGGUUGUUAGUUGAGUCGAAAAAAUCGAAAUGUGGGGUGGUUGGAUCUAACCGGAGUUUGUUGAGAUUAGUUGGGAGUCGGUCGAUUGAGAGGCCUACACAAACCGGGCCUUCUUCUAUCAAGAGAUCCCUUUCGUGUAGCGCGAAUGUGUUUAUUUCUCGAGGGAACCGGAAUUGA